AUGGAUUCUUUUAAUCUCUUGAACAAUCGUUUUAUGUAAUCCGCUUUGGAGAGAAAAUCUUUGAGAUCUUUAAAUUUAAGUUAGAAAAAUCUUGAUACUUAAUCUAAAUCAAGUGAAUAUGACCUUUGGGAUAGAAAUGAUGGUUUGGAUUCACCAAUGACACCAAAGAUUAAAAUCCCAAGUGAAUUUUAACCUAAACUUAUAAAAACUGUAAGAAUUUCAAAUUCAAGGCUUUCAUGUAAGGAUUUAAAUUGA